CGAAAUACGAAAAGUUGCCAAAAAGUUGCCGAGCAACUUGUGGCAAGCCCUACCCCCGGGAGUAUCGGACAUGAGUGGGGGAAUUCACCUACCAGGGGCUCCCUAGACUAACCUGAAGAAAUUUGCCUGAGGCGGAAAACACCACGUACACCAGUUUUGCUUAGGUUCCACUCGUUCAUGAAGUCAGAGCCCUCCGUUUCCUCAUUCGUGCACAAAGGUGCGUUCUUCUCCUUUUCCCUUCUGCGCAGAAGGGCCAAAGAGAAGAGAGAAGGUGUCUAAAAAUGUAGUUUCGCUAUAAUUUGUCUUUCUUACAGCGCUAAUCAAAACUAAUUUGACUUUGAGACAAGUUGCCUAUAUUUUCCAGGCCCGAACUGUUUCAAUUUGAAAGCCUCAUGGGAAACGAUAACCGAACCAACCUUGACCACGCAUUUAAUGUGGCUAACAAAGAGUUUUCAGUACCGAGGCUGCUCGACCCUGAAGAUAUCGACGUUGACAAACCAGACAAGAAGUCAAUCAUCAUGUAUCUGACCAGUUUAUAUCAUGGCUUGAGAGAAUACUCGCCUCAAGGAGGAAGAAAUGGAAGAAAACUCUACGGUACUGGAGUUAAUUUACGCCUUGACCAACUGGACGAGAAAGACGCUAAAUUUGCUACUUUUCAGGAAAAAAGAAACGCUCUUGUUCUUAUUUUAAGAAAUUGCUUGGAAAAGUUAGAAAACCUAAGAGCUAAGGGAGCGGCAAACGACAUGCGAGAGGUCAAUGAACAGCAGAACAUUGUAAAGGUAAAAACAAGUGCAAGAACUUCACGAUAUCUGCGGUAUAAUUCUUAAGUUAAGGGUAGGGCUUGUAUUUGUCCAGUUUGCAGGGGCUGGAAUGGGGGUGUGGAGCUGACAUCGAAUUUUUGCGUUUUGAAACUUGUUACGUAAACUGAGGAUCUUACAUGUGAAAAGGAUUUUUCAUCUGAAAAUUUUCGGUAUAUACAGGAAUACCACAUUUAUUAAAAUUUCAUAUGGUUUUCAAGUUAACAUCCAUACCCGGGGACAUGGGGGAGCAAUAUAUAUACAGGAAUACCACAUUUAUUAAAAUUUCAUAUGGUUUUCAAGUUAACAUCCAUACCCGGGGACAUGGGGGAGGGGAACUGAUCCGGGACGACGUGAGGUAAACCUAGCGGCAUAAUCCCUAUGGGGUCAGCUUGCAAGAAUAACACAUCUAAACCUGGGAGAUCACUCGUAUGGGACAAGUUUCAGUCACAUUUAGAUUCAGUUCUUUGAUUGGGUACAGCAUUUUUGGCUUUGAAUUGUUUGGUCCCAAUCAGUGAGCCACUCCCAUGCCUUCUUUGAAGACGUUGGUUUCGCCAUUUAUGCAUAACUGGUGUUGGUCAUUUAAAAAAGCUUUUUAUUGAGAAAACUGUCAAAGUACAAAUUUCUCGGACGUUGUGAGUAAGUAUGCACAGUUUUUGUUGUAUUUCUGUUAACUCUAUACCGAAUGUUUUGUAAUGGCUUAUGUAACCGU